GGGGGGCUUUCACCUGCGGCGGCGGUUUAGUUAUUACUCCAUUGGAGUGAGAUAGUUCUUAGGCUCCGCAUUAACGUCCAAAAUUCCGAUGAUGAUGCGCAGAGUCAUCUCAAGGGCGGCGAUUUCGUUCAAGCCCUCGCGAUUCCAUCGUUCGCAGUCGUCUCUCUCGCGAACCCUCGCCGAUGAGGAACCUGUUCUCCCCCAAAUGCCGCCGUUCGAUUACACUCCGCCGCCGUACACCGGCCCCACCGCGGAAGAGAUACUCAGCAAAAGGCAUAAGUUCCUCAGCCCCGCUGUCUUCCAUUUCUUCAACAAACCGUUGAAUUUGGUGGACGGAAAGAUGCAGUACUUGUUCGAUGAGAACGGUCGGAGAUAUCUGGAUGCGUUUGGGGGAAUAGCCACCGUUGGAUGCGGGCACUGCCAUCCCGACGUGGUGGAUGCUAUCGUUAAUCAAACCAAACGUCUGCAGCACUCCACUAUUUUAUACCUGAAUCCUGCCAUCGCCGAAUUUGCCGAGGCUUUGGCCUCUAAAUUCCCCGGCGACCUCAAGGUUGUUUUCUUUACAAAUUCGGGGACUGAGGCAAAUGAGCUUGCUUUGAUGAUGGCCAGAUUGUACACCGGCUGCCAUGAUGUGAUUUCGAUUAGGAAUGGAUAUCAUGGCAAUGCUGCUGGGACAAUGGGAGUCACUUCUCAAAGCAACUACAAAUUCAAUGUAGUCCAGACCGGAGUACACCACGCCCAGAAUCCUGAUCAAUACAGAGGAGUUUUCGGGUCGGAUGGGCUCAAGUAUGCAAGAGAUGUUAGUGACAUUAUAACAUACGGCACAUCUGGUCGUGUUGCUGCCUUCAUUGCUGAAGCCAUCCAGGGAGUUGGUGGGAUUAUGGAGUUGGCCCCGGGAUAUCUUCCAGCAGUGUACGAUGCGGUUAGAAAUGCCGGUGGCCUUUGCAUAGCAGAUGAGGUCCAAUCAGGGCUAGCCCGUACGGGCAGCCACUUUUGGGGAUUCGAGGCCCAUGGAGUUGUGCCGGAUAUCGUAACCAUGGCUAAGGCCAUCGGGAAUGGAGUGCCGCUUGGUGCAGUGGUGACUACUCCUGGUAUUGCCAAAGUCCUGACUCAACGAAACUAUUUCAACACCUUUGGUGGGAACCCGAUGUGCACGGCAGCAGGACUCGCCGUUCUCAAAGUAAUCGAAAAGGAAAACCUUCAAAGCAACGCCCUGGUCGUGGGAUCGUAUUUGAAGGAGCGACUUGCAUCCAUGAUGGGCAAAUACGAGCUUAUUGGAGAUGUUCGAGGCAGAGGCCUAAUGCUGGGGGUGGAAUUUGUGACGGAUCGCGGGAUGAAAACACCGGCCAAAGCUGAAACUGUUUGUGUCAUGGAGAAGAUGAAAGAGAUGGGCGUGCUGAUCGGGAAAGGCGGCUUCUUUGGCAACGUACUCAGGAUCACUCCGCCCCUCUGUUUCACCAAGCCUGACGCCGAUUUUCUGGCGGACGCUCUGGACUACACAUUGUCGAACAUGUGAAGUGUGAUUGUUUUGUUGUGCAAAUAAUGAAUGAAUGUGUUGGGAAUAAAGUGUUGACUUGGCUGAGAAGAUGAGACAUCACCUCGUUGUCUCUCUCUCUCUCACUCCUCCUAGACCAUGAUCUAUAUUAUACUAUAUUUUAAAUUAUAAUGGAGCAAAAUUCAUUUA